CCAGGACACAAGAUGAAGGUGGAGAGGAAGACCUCCUCUACCAGAGACAGUUUCACUGACAUUCCUGCACUACUGACGCUCCUAGGCCUCCUCCUCCUCCUCUUCCCAGGUGAGGUGUCAGGGGUGAAUGUGACCAGCCAAACCCAGGUGGUGAGGGGCACAGUGGGUAAAGAGGCCCUGCUGUCAGUCAGCUACUCCAGCAGCAGCUCCGACAAGCCAGUGAUUAAGUGGCAGCUAAAGAGGAACAAAGAGAAACCUAUCACCGUUGUGCAGUCCAUAGGAACAGACAUCAUAGGGAACCUGAGGCCAGAGUACCGCAACCGUAUCCUGGUGUUGGAGAAUGGGUCACUGCUGCUUCACAACCUGCAGCUGUCAGACGAAGGGGCGUACGAAGUGGAGAUCUCCAUCACAGAUGACAGCUUCACUGGAGAGCACUACAUAGAGCUCACUGUGGAUGUUCCUGUGUCCAAACCUUAUAUCCAGAUGAUGGCUUCGUCUGUCCUGGAGUACAGUGAGUACUUCAACCUGCACUGUUCCCACGAUAACGGCACAAAGCCCAUCUAUGGUUGGCUGAAGGGAGGCAAGGUGCUGACCAAUGACUCACGCCUGCUGCUUUCACAUGACCAAAAGGUGCUGACCAUCUCACGUGUCCUGAUGUCAGACGAUGACAUUUACACCUGCACAGUGGAGAACCCCAUCAGCAGCAUGAAGAGCGUGCCUGUCAGGCUCACUGUCUACAGACGGAGCUCGCUAUACAUCAUCCUGUCCACCGGGGGCAUAUUCCUCCUAAUCACCCUGGUGACAGUGUGUGCCUGUUGGAAACCCUCCAAAAAGAAGCAUCGACCUGUCCCCCAAAGAGCUCCAAUUUAUAUAGAGCAAAGUGAAAACGGCCAUGAUGUUGAUGUUGUACCCAAACCAACUACACUUGGUCGGAGGAGUCCCAUGCCUCUCUAUGUUCUAAAUGAAGAUGAGACUCUGGAGCGUUUGGAAGAAUGUUCUGGCAAUGCUGUCAGCCAAUCAGAAAUGAGUAUCCCUGCUACCUAUGCUCCAGUCCUCCCCCCCUCCUCCAACAGAACUGAGCGGCCCAUCUGGUCUGCCCCACGCAGGUACCCCCGCAGCCCUUCUCCACUGGCACAACCUCUCCCACAGCCCCCCCAAGGUCCUUCCCUACGCCCUGUUCGCUCACCUGCUCACUCCCCUGGUUCAUCUCCACGCAGUUUCAGCCCUAUAAGAAAGGUCCGUCCUCCAGUAGGCAUCCCAACCAGCCACCUGCCUGUAGAGGCAGAGCAUCCAGAUCCCAGCGAUCAGACUCACUGUCCAUCACAACAAUGA